ACAGCCGGAGCUGGAACAGCCGGAGCUGGUGUGUCCCGGCCCCGCCCUCACCUGUCGGGAAUUCCGCUGCUCCAUCCCCCCCCUGAGACCCCCAAAAACCUGGGGGUUCCACCUGGGGGGGAAACUGAGGCUGGAUUGGAUGAGACAGCUCCCCCACCCCAAGCUCCACCUGUCCAGCUCUGCCCAGGUGAGCUUCGACCGGAGACGCUUCCAGAACACCUGGGGAGGCACCGAGCUGCAGGUGCAGACGGAGCUGGAGCGGGUGGAGACCCCCAACCCCCUCCCCCUCAUUUUGGGGGCGUCCCUGGGGGGGCUCCUCCUGCUGGGGCUGGUGGCGCUGGGGCUCUACAAGCUGGGAUUCUUCAAGCGCCGCUACAAGGAAAUGCUGGAGGGGACCGAGACCCCCGGGGACCCCCCCGGGGACCCCCAGGAAUGAGGGGGGGGACCCCAAAAUUGGGGGAAAUUUGGUAAAAAUAGAAGAUUAAAAAAUAAAAUUUGUUUUAAAAAAAAAAAUUCGGUUAAAAAAACGCAAUAAAAAGAAUUUCAGUUGAAAAAAAUGCGAUAAAAAUUCAAU